UCCCUGUCAAUUAAAGAAGAGCAACCAGCUGCGUAGACCUAGUUGUAACUGCAUCGCCAUUGAAAUGGCCCCGAACGGCAAGGAGGAGACCAAAGCCGCUGCCAGCAGCACUCUGGUGGCCGCCGCCGGUGGAUCCGACGACAAGUUUGCGCCCUCAGUGUGGGGUGAUUUCUUCAUCAACUACGAGCCUUCUGCUACCAUGCAGAGAUCCGAGGAGUGGAUGAGGGAGAGGGCAGAGCUGCUCAAGGGGCAAGUACGUCAGCUGUUCAAUGCGAGCAAGGAUGCCAUGGGUGUAGCAGAUUUGGUAACGUACGUCGACACGCUUGAACGCCUAGGCAUAGACAACCACUUCCCCGAGGUGAUUGGAGCUGCAGUACACCGCAUCCGGACGGAGGAGCCGGAGCCUGACGUGCUCAACAUGCUGCACAUAGUGGCGCUUCGGUUUCGCCUACUUCGGCAGCACGGGAUCUGGGUAUCAGCAGAUGUUUUCGACAAGUUCAGAGAUGACACAGGCAAUUUCAGCACGAGCCUUUGCAGUGAUCCUAGGGGCUUGUUGAGCUUGUACAAUGCAGCUCACAUGGCAGUACCAGGUGAGGUGGCUCUUGAUGAUGCCAUCGCUUUUGCGAGAGGCCACCUCGAGGCCAUGAGAAGCAAGGUCAGGUCGCCACUAGCAGAGCAGAUCUCCCGCGCCCUCGACAUCGCCCUCCCACGGUUCAGUAGACGUCUUGAAACCAUGCACUAUAUUGCCGAGUAUGAGCACGAAGAUGCACACAACAGCCUCUUGCUUGAGCUUGCUAGGCUGAACUUUAACCUUGUCAGAAUCCUUCACCUCAAGGAGUUGAAGGACCUCUCGUUAUGGUGGAGGGACCUUUAUGACAAUGUGAAGCUACCUUACGCUCGGGACCGUAUGGUAGAGAUCUACUUUUGGACAUGUGGAAUGCUGCAUGAGGAGGAGUACUCCCAUGCAAGGAUGUUGUUUGCUAAGACAUUUGGAAUGGUGUCACUGUUGGAUGACACUUUUGAUGUUCAUGCUACCUUAGAGGAAUGCCACAAACUCAAUGAAGCUAUGCAGAGAUGGGAUGAAACUGAAAUUUCUAUUCUACCGGAAUAUCUACGCAUGUUGUACAUCGAAACCCUGAGGAACUUCAAGGAGUUUGAGGACAAUUUGGAACCAAACAAGAAAUACCGCAUGUCUUACGCGAAAAAGGCAUACAAGUUGUCAUCCCAAUAUUACCUCAAGGAGCAAAUCUGGUCCAGCCUGAACUACCAGCCAAGUUUCAAGGAACAUGAGGAAGUGUCAAUCGUGUCAUCAGGUCUACCGAUGCUUACGAUCAUAACAUUAAUGGGCUAUGGAGAUGAGGCAACCCGUGAGGUGUUCGAAUGGGUAAGCGGUGUUCCUGAAAUGGUCUGCGCUGGUUCACAAGUGACUCGCUUCCUCAACGACUUGUCUUCUUACAAGCUGGGAAAACACAAAAGGGAUAUGCCUAGCGCCGUAGAGACCUACAUGAUAGAGAAUGGCUUAACAGGGGAAGAGGCCGUGGCGGCAGUUGCCGCACUUCUGGAGAACAGGUGGAGGAUUUUAAACCAAGCAAGUAUGGAUAUAGAUCGCACACUGAUGCCAGCGGCACAGGUGGUGGUGAAUAUGGCAAGGGCAAAUGAGAUCAUUUACCUCCAUGGCAGGGAUGGGUACACCUUCGGUGAAGACCUCAAGGACCUUGUCACCACACUGUUCCUCAAGCAAGUUACUCUCUAGAGUAUAUUCUGGCUCGACUAGAUGGCUAUACACAAUGUAGUCAAAUUCACCAUGCAUGUAAUAAUAAGGCACCCAUCUAUGGAUAGGAACAAUGUUGCUAUUUUGUUACUGGUGGGUUUGCUUGUUGCUAUUUUGUUCCAUGCUAUAUGUUAGUGGAACACAUUUACACCGUCUGAUCUUCUUUUGGGAAAAAAAUAUAAGUUUAGCGGACAACUGGAUUUCCUUUUAUUGGCUGACCUAUGAAUAAAUCGCUAUA